AUGGUGUUCAGGUCCCCGCUAGAGCUUUAUCCCACCCAUUUCUUCUUGCCAAACUUCGCCGCCGACCCGCACCACCGCUCCCUCCUUCUCGCCAGCGGCGGCGGCGGCGGCGGCAGCGGCAGCGGCUCGGGCUGCAGCCCGGGUGCCGGCGGCGGUGGAGGCGGCAGCUCCCGGGCACCCCACGAAGAGUUGUCAAUGUUUCAGCUGCCCACACUCAACUUCUCCCCGGAGCAAGUGGCCAGCGUCUGCGAGACGCUGGAGGAGACUGGAGACAUAGAGAGGCUGGGGAGGUUCCUCUGGUCGCUGCCGGUGGCGCCGGGGGCAUGCGAGGCCAUCAACAAGCAUGAGUCCAUCCUCCGCGCCCGGGCAGUGGUCGCCUUCCACACGGGCAACUUCCGAGACCUCUACCACAUCCUGGAGAACCACAAAUUCACCAAGGAGUCCCACGGCAAGUUGCAGGCCAUGUGGCUCGAAGCGCACUACCAGGAGGCCGAGAAGCUAAGGGGUCGCCCGCUGGGGCCGGUUGAUAAAUACAGGGUGAGGAAGAAGUUUCCACUGCCCAGGACCAUUUGGGAUGGCGAGCAGAAGACGCACUGCUUCAAGGAGAGGACUCGCAGCCUCCUGAGGGAGUGGUACCUGCAGGACCCUUACCCCAACCCCAGCAAGAAAAGGGAACUGGCUCAGGCCACGGGGCUCACCCCCACGCAAGUAGGCAAUUGGUUCAAAAACCGAAGGCAAAGAGACAGAGCAGCGGCGGCUAAAAACAGGCUCCAGCACCAGGCGAUAGGACAGAGCGGCAUGCGGUCGCUGGCAGAGCCCGGCUGCCCCACACACAGCUCGGCCGAGUCUCCGUCCACGGCGGCCAGUCCGACUACCAGCGUCUCCAGUCUGACAGAAAGAGCCGAGACGGGCACCUCCAUCCUCUCGGACAAGCACGAUUUCUCCUUUGCGCUUUUCCAUGGACGCAUUUCACCCACUUGCAUGAUGAUGAUGAUUAAAUUUGUAUCUGGGAAAAAAUAUUCUCUAUAG